AUGGUGAAAAGAGUGUACUUUGAGGUUCACGGGUUUGUCCAAGGCGUGGGAUUUCGGUACUUUACGAGAAAGAAAGCCCAGCAGUAUGGUGUAACCGGAUGGUGCCGCAACACCAUCGAUGACACGGUCGAGGGUGAAGCCCAGGGCAGCGAUGAUAUCAUGCAAAUGUUCUUCAACGAUAUCAACAAAGGCCCAAGCCAUGCCAAUGUCACAAAGGUUGUCAAGGAAGAACGCGACGUCGUGGAAGGGGAUGGUCCGUUCGAAGUCCGUCGUUGA